UCUCAUGAGCACCGGUUGUGAAAAAACCCACCGAACGCCUCUCUCCCUCCUUCCUCAUCCUCACCCUUGUGGCCUGGAUGAGGUAACAGCGGAGGAUCCCUUCCACCCCAAAGGGGGACGUUGGGUGGGUGAGCUCAUGAGGACGGUUGGGCAAGAAGCUGGAGGCUGAAGCUGGCUCAUUUCCUCCCUGGCUGGAGCCUUGGCUGCUCGCCUCUUUUCCUGGUGACCCAGGAGCUCGGAUUAGGCAGGGUCUGCCGCCUCUGCCUCUCUGCUUGCCAAGACCUGCCCCUCUAUCAAGGUGAGGGAUCUGCGUAGCUGGACAGGUUCUGUGGAAUGGUUAACCUGAGGCAAUCUCACCCUGAGCCAAUCAUCGCAAGCGGCAGAGCGGGGCAGCCGAGAGUCUACAGCACCUGGGCACCUGCCCCAAAGCCUGUCUUGGAGAAGCAGCCAGCCAGCAGCAGGCACACCUGCCAGUCUCCAGAAGACAGCCUUGCUAACCCAGCCAUGACACCUCUCCCCUGGACAGCCUCCGUUGUCGCCGUCGUCCUCCUGCUCUGUCUCCCAGGGAUGGCAAUGCCAGGGCCCGGCCCGGAGGAUGCCAGCCUAGACCCGGCCCUGCUGGAGCUGCGAACUCUCCUGGCGUCGGGCGAAGAAGGCGCUCUGCCCCAGGGCACCCUGGAGUCCCUGUUAAAUAUUGCGGUGGGUCGUGUGCAGUGCCCGGCAGUGCCGUGUGAAAAGUGUCUCUCUGCUUCGGAUAUUUUUACACUCACAAAGAGAAAAACUCCCAGAGAUGCCAACCUCACAUCCUCGGAGCUGUUGCUGUUCUCCGCUGGCCUGGUCUACUACCUCACUGACCCCAUAAUAGCUUGCCAGGCCGUGGCGGACGGAGACUGGGUGGCCAAGGUCCGCACUUUGCAGAGCGAAUUCUUAGAGGGGAAUCCUGCCGCUGGGCCUGAUCGAGAGAAGGUGGCCGAGUUGAUGGGGGCCGUUCAGAGAAAUAUCCAGGAGAAUGAAAGAAGUGAGCCCUGCGCAGGAGUAGACCAGAUCCUGGAGAGCAGCGCAUGGAUCUCCAAUCGAGUAGCCUCGGAGCCAGCUGGGCGGGUGCUGGCAGCCGUUGCCUACCAUGCCCUGGCGGGGGGCUGCUUCCAUGCCCUCCCCCCAGAACACUACUUUGUGGAAUACAUCUUUGGGCUCUACGGCAACAAGACCCACAACCUCACCUUGGCAGGCUUGACCAGGCUGAUGGAGCAGCUCAAAGUGGGUCCUGAGGCGUCCCACGCAGGACACGACCACGGGGAACCUGGGCAUGAGCACCCUCACGACGACCACGCACUUGGCAGCCACCACGACCACGCGCACGAGGGCGCCACGCACGAUCACCCUCACGAUCAUGGUGACCACGAGGGUCACGAGGACCAUCACCACGGCAAUGACACUGACCACCACCAUGGAGAUGAAAUGGACCACCCUGCAAACCGAACAGAGAAGAAUAUAGCCCGGCGAAGGCGGAGUCUGCCUGGAACGGGCGAGCAGGACGCCAACGUCUGGGAUACGGUCUGCCUCAGCCCCAGUGACCUGUUUGAGAUUUACGGGAUCGACGAAAGCGCAGGAAUCUCCAGCCCUGAUUUCAGCCGCGUGAGCCCAGCGCUGGUGCAGCAACAGCUGAGCAAAGCCUGCUCUGCCCCCCGGAACGCCCCUGCCGACGGGCGGCUCACCACUGCGCAGAAAUACAUCUACGGCUCGCUGGCAACCCUGCUGAUCUGCCUGUGUGCCCUGUUUGGCAUCGUCGUCCUCCUCUGCACCACCUGCAUCAGCGCCUACCAGUACGUGAUCCAGCUCUUCGUCAGCCUGGCGGUGGGAUCCCUCACUGGGGAUGCUAUGCUGCACCUCAUCCCCACGUUCCUGGGUCUCCAUUCUCACUCCCAUGGCGAGGGCCACUCCCAUGACCCCCACGGAGCUGAGGGCCACAACGUCCUGUGGAAGCUACUGGCCGUGCUGGGAGGGCUCUACCUCUUCUUCCUCCUCGAAAAGUUCUUCAUCCUCCUGGGGCACUCGGACGACGACGAGGAGCACAGCACAGGGCACCAGUGCGACCACGGCAUGUCCCUGCAGCUCUACCAAGACGAGAUGAAGAGGAGGAAGCAGGAGAAGGGUGCUUCUCACGCUGACCUGGUGACUGCUGAGGAGGCAGAUUUCAGCCAGAUGCGGAAGAAAGAGACCCUCAGUCGAGAGCUGAGGAUGCUGCCGUACAUGAUCACCAUCGGAGACGCCAUCCACAACUUCGCCGAUGGACUGGCCGUUGGCGCCGCCUUCUCCUCUUCUUGGAAGACGGGUCUGGCCACCUCGCUGGCCGUCUUGUGCCACGAACUGCCCCACGAGCUCGGGGACUUUGCCGCCCUGCUCCACGCCGGGCUGAGCGUCAAGUGGGCUUUGCUGCUCAACUUCCUCAGCGCCCUCACAGCCUUCCUGGGCCUCUACAUCGCGCUUUCUGUGUCCACGGGAGAAGAGUUCGAGGCCUGGAUUUUCACCGUGGCCACUGGCCUCUUCCUCUACGUGGCCCUGUGCGAUAUGCUCCCGGCCCUGAUGAAUGUGAAAGAUAAGCGCCCGUGGCUCCUCUUUGCCCUGCAAAACGUGGGACUCUUGGCUGGCUGGGGCAUCCUGCUGGUGCUUUCCAUCUUUGAGGACAGAAUCGCACUUUGAGCGCAGCUGGGCACCUCUCGUUUGCCUGCCGGCGUGGCGAGGUCCGGGCUGUCCUCCGCCAGAGACUGGAGAGUGGGCGGACAACGGCCCGGCUGUCAUCAUCCUCAAAAUCAAAGACUGGGGACUUUCUUUGCCACCCAUGCCCACAGCAUGGCCUUGAACGAUGCCCAUGCCACGGCUCCCCUCUCCCUCUCCUCCUAUUUAUUGCAUUUCGACAUGCCACCCUAAUCUCAAAACGGUGCGCAUUUCAGGGGUUGCAGGCGUGCUUGACCCAGGGUCUGGUCUUCCUUUGGAAAUGCGGCACAGCAGAGACUGUGGCGUCUCUAUGAUAUAUGGUUUAUUUACCUGUCUACACAACCUGAGUCUAGAUGGUGGGCAGAUAGCAGAAUUCCAGCUAGGCUUGGUUCCCAUCUAUGAUCUUUACUUGAAACACAAUGCCCCCCCCCCCGAGGCUGGGCAAGGGAAUGGUCGUUGGGCCAGUGAAGGGGCCCUUCUGAGUCUCUGGGGCCAGUGCCCCACUGGGCUGACCGCUGGUGUGAAUAAUAAGAGACCAAUUCAGAAGCCAAAAGCUAGUCCUAGCUGGGUAAAUCAAGGGGAGGAAAGCUGCUAGUUCAGGGGUGAAAGACCAGGGGUUCGUCUGCUGGUGUGUCCUGUUAAAAGCAUCUUAGCUUUCUCUGCUUGGGAACCUGGAAAGAAAAGCAUGACUUAUUAAGACAGCCCUCUGGGCGGGACACAAGCUGGCUGGGCCUGAUGGGAAUUGUAGUCCGGAACAGCUGGAGCGGCUCCAGCUUAGCAAAGUCAGGUGUAAUAAUUCUGCAGGGAUGGAUUUAGGGCUACGCUUGUGGGGCACCCGCACUGGGCGCUGAGCCGAGGUGCUGGGCUUUGGGAAGGACGCAUGAGGCUCUGACAGUGUCUUAGAGUCCUUCCGCCUCCUUCCAAAAGCCUAGUUAGUGCUUUCCCAGCUUUGGGAAAGAGCUGGGAGGGCUCUGGGACUCUGCCAGAGCCCUUGCACCUCCUUUCCAAAGUCUGGCGCCUCCUUACCCACCUUUGGGAAGGCAGUGAGAGGGCUGGGGUGUCAAAUGUUGGCCUCGCACAGGAUGUUGUUGGGGACCGUGCUGAGGAGGGCUGCAUUGAGGAGGAAUGGUGGAAGUCCACCCUGCUUCCCCUGCUCCAGACCCUGAAUCUUCCCAGGAGCAGGAUGACAGUAUAGAUUUGGAACAGUGGUUCGUAGAGGGACAUAGUUCAGAAGGCAGCAGCUGGGAAAUACUG